AUGACACCGGGAGUGUUUACAUUUUGUUCAGUACGCGAUCUUGGUGCGGUGGCAAACAUGGAUGGUUUGCAAGCGAUUAAUUCCAAACUAACGCUGCAAUCAGCGGCGGUGCAACUCGAGAAGGUUUUAAAAAUAUCUCAAAUAUCAAAAACGAACAAUCGGACAGUGAGUGAUGGUGAAAUUGAACUUUUAAAACAACUCUGCAAAUCGAACAACAUACGAAUAUGCCAGCUGGCGAAUGAAGCAAUAUUGCAUCUUACUUCGAACGGUUAUGUGGAACUUGGUCAAGUACUAGGAAUAAUGAUGACGCUGCUCCCAAACACCAAUGCUGGACAAUUUACCGUACUCAGUGGAACAAUUUACGAAUUGCUGUUGCUGGAUCUACGCCGACGAUGCUUGAAUUCAGGAACCAAUCGUAAUUAUGUUUGUCAAUUCGACAUAAGACCACCUCAGCAUCCGGUUAUUCUUCUCAUCGAUAAAUCCAACGUGGGAUGUACAGGAACCAUUACCGAUCUUAUUGUACAAACAUUGAACCAUCAGGAGGAUGUGAUUCAUGCUAAUAGCAUCGAAUUUUUGCGCCCCGUGCUAUUGCACAUUUUUAUCAACGUGUGCCAUUACGCUGAAUUCCAAACCUUGUGGAAACUUCUUAUUGAAAAAUCUUUGCAAGAUUCCGAAGCAAAGUCGAUCGUUUUCGAGAUUCUAGCAUGGAGUAGGCAUACAACAGCACAACAAACACGUUUCACGGUUAGUCUUCUGACGGAUGCCAUGGAAAUAAUUCUACGUGAAAAUCGAGGUGAUAUGAAGCUUCAGCUAGCAUUCGUUUUAUACUUAGCGGCGGUUCUUAAGGAUUAUAUACAAUACAAUUAUGACCCAAGCGGAUGCUUCGAUUUGUUACAAAAAGUCAGUAAUGCUGCAGUGGCAUGUGCUAAUCCUCCAAAACUUGACGUACUGCUCACGAUCGCCGCUGAUAUGCUAUCGAUCGUAUCUCCACUAAAAUUGUACGAACUGUUAAAAUUAAUCCAAACCAUCCUUCCGGUUUGCGGAAAAAUUAGCAGAAUGCUGACCAGAGAGGCCAUGAUUCAAUUAUUAGGCCAGCCAUCGUACACAACGACACAUCUGUCACUCUGUGACAAAAUACUAAAAUAUAUUGAACAAGAGCAUUCGGCAGAAGAAUCCAAAGAGGUAACGAAUUUGGAAUGCGACGUCACGGGAACGAUGUUCUUUCAUGCCGAAUUAGCUAAGUUUACGAUUCUUUGCAAUUGGUGGAAUUCUUCCGAUUCAGCCAUCGAUGACUAUCUUCAACGGAACAGACCAUCCAGCAUUAGAUUCUCGCACAUUUUGAGUCAACUCCACAGGUCGAUUUUUAUUUCAACUUCUCACGAAGAGGACGUUUGGAAAACGAAUUUUGCGCAUUUGGUUAAACUGAUGAAACAAAGUGAACUGCAGGUCGCACAAAGUAAGGUUCCGCUUCUAUACGCACUAGCUCAACACAAAGGCGCUCGGCGAGGAUUGCAUGUGCUGCAAACUGUCGCAUCUAUGGGUGCAAAGGAAAAUUUGAUCGGCAUACUGAAAGCUCUUACAAAGGAUCUGGAUCGUGCUUUUUGUUUAGAUUUGUAUCUAAGGCUGUGGAAAGCGGAGCCGCGAACAUAUCCACUGUUGUACGAUCUGCUGAAGGAUACUAGCCGUCGGGCUAAUGAAGACCGUUGGGAACACACGGUUGCUCGUGCGUAUACAAUUCGUGAAGUGUGCCUUAUAAACCCUCAGCAGCACGGAGAAGAUUUGGUAAACCUCUUUUCGGAGGUCCUUAGCAAUCCCAACAACAGCGAAAAUGAAGUGGCUAUUUGUCUAUCGCUUGAUGCAAUCUCAAGUUUGUGCGAAAACCAUGUCGUCGACAUUGUGUCGACCUGGAAGGUUUUAGGAUUCCGUUUCGCAAACGAACGGCGCCCGAAGGUCGUUAAAAGCUUGUGUCAGUUUUUUGCGAAUGUUCCGCUCAUAAAAAUUACCACACCAGAACAGGAACGAUUGGUAAAUCACAUCAUUGGUACACUCUGGCACUACGUUAUCGAUUACGAAGAUCGUGAAAUCAUAGAAGCAGCCUUGGGUACAUUGAAACACUUCCACCCGGAAACGCUAACGUUUCGUCAGAUUCCUGAAGUAUUUCGGCAAGGUAUAGAACUGUCGGAACCGAAUGAGGAUUGCAAUUCUGUAGCCGAUACAGCGGGUUCAGUUCCGCCGGAAUGUUGGGUUCAGUUGCUUCAGUAUACGAAUCACUGUGCCAUCGAAGCGGUGGGUGAUCUUUUAGGCCAUUAUAUCACACUCGAAAUAGAAAGCUACCGUGGUGGCAUCUAUCAAACGCCUGCAGGCCGUCCAGAACCAUCCAACUUAAAGUAUCUGCCGAGGGCGAGCAUUUUAUCGACGAUCGUAAACCACCUGAUAUUACAGAGCACAAAAUUUGCCAAAUGCGACAGCACUGCCGAACUAGUGUUGGUUCAGAUGCUUCGGAUUGUUGCAAAACCAUAUCCCAAGCCCAUUCCGCCCUUAAAUUGGUGUUUUUUGCAUGACUAUUUCCACCAUUGCUUCGAAAUGCGUGAUGCCUGUCUGCAUAUAGCGAUCAAACAGAUGCCCCUCUCCGGAACUGCGAAGAGGCUGGUGGAAAAUUAUCUGAAUGAAUUGUGUGAAACGAUCAUGCUGGAAGAUGAUCUUUUAAAAAUCUAUACAUCGAUCGCGGAAAUCACCGAGGGUGUAGACACAGACAUCUAUAAGCGAUUUGUGCAUCUCUCGCUACAGUAUCUGGCUGAACGUGCAGAGGACAAAGAGUUUGCGGACAAUGCACCUUUCAUACAAACGAUGGUACUGAUUGCAAAUGCAUUGCAGAGGAAGAAGUAUGAAAAUGAGGACAAUUUUUAUCAUCUAUGCAUGACAUUGGAAAAUUUUUUCAUGCGUUUCGAUCUGAGAUCGGAGGUGUUCAAAAAAUAUAUCGAGGUAGUUGUAUACCUUCCCGAACAACAUCUUACCGGCUUGCUUAAACCGAGUACCUGGACCGGAGAUAUGAAUGUAAAGAAGUUGGAAAAAUCUGUUUAUCUGCAGUUGGCCUUCUACCAGCAUAAUCCCACCGCCAAGUCGUUACAUUUUUCAAGUCUAUCCGACAUAAUAGCUACGGUUGCAAAACAUUCCCGUGAGGAUAGUUCAAUAGGUGCAUUCUUUUUGCAAGAAUGGUUUACCUUCGUCGAACAGUUCGCCUGCAACGACGAGGAUCAACCCGACGGAAAAGCUCUGAUCGAGUUUAUCGCUGAACUGAUUGGUCUGAUCCAAUGCACUCUGACGAAUACGGAAGAUUGUAUGGAACAUGGCUCUCUUUUUAUGCUGGAUGCAAUGAUGACUGCAGUGAUUAGUUUCUCUGGUUAUGGUGGAUUGUAUGGAGCAAAAAUGUUGGCGAACGAUAAAUUGUUGCGUUUGACACAAUUCCCACUAGCACUGAGUACCGUAUUCGAACAAAAUGCUUGGCGUGAAAUCGAGAUAAAGGUUUACGAAUUUUUCCAUCAUUUGUACGGUAUUGCGUCGCUGCCAAACGACUACGCAGAUUGCCUGAUAGAUGCGCUGAUAUGCUGUAAAAAACAACCGUAUUUUCAACAACCCAAAACAUUGACUAAAUUCAUCACUUUGAGACGACUAAAAUGA